UUAUGGUCCAACAUCAGACCAUUACAUGAUUGACUUAGACUGUUACAGUGUUGGAUCAAGAAUUGAUAAUUUGUGCUUUCCUGCUAGAAGUACUAAUAAACAUGAACAAUUAUUGUUAGCUCAAUAUACUAAUUGUCAAUAUUUGAGUUUUCAUACUCCAAUAACUGGCUAAUUUAAAAUAUCAUGAUGAUAGAUGUCCAUUACAUUGAUUGUCAAGGCUAAAUAAACAAGGCUAGUUCAUUGAUUGUCCCAAUGAAAUAUGUACAAUGGAUGGAAAAAAAACUUGAUGUAUUCUUAUUAUCAAUUUCCUGUCGUUACAUCAACGAGUCUGCUUCAUAAUAACCGGUUGUUGGCAAACCAUAGUGCUGGCAACUAUUAGUAUAAAUUGCCGAGUGCGAUGGUCAAGAUGAAUGUCUUGGAGAUGUACAGUAUCAUUAACUGCGCUUGCGUGUAAAAUCAUUUAGAUGAGUCGUCAAAUGUGUGAUAACAUAAGUGAUUGCGAAAAAUAAGUUUUAAAGUCGUUCAAGGCUUCGCAAACGUUCCAGAGUCGACGUAGCUGACUGUUUAAUAGUGAAAAGUAUCCUUAAAAGUGUAAUAUAAUUCAAUAAUUCAUCACAAUGGCUCCACCGAAAUUAUAUACCAUGGAUUUAAGUCCUCCUUGUCGUGCUGUUUUAUUAACAGCUAAAGUGAUCAAGUUGAAUCUUGAUCUUCAUGAAGUUAAUUUGCUCCAACGAGAACACCUUGACGCUGAAUUUGUUAAGAAAAAUCCUCAACAUACAAUACCCACUCUAGAUGAUAAUGGUUUUAUUUUAUGGGAUAGUCAUGCAAUUAUACGUUACCUGGUUGGAAAAUAUGCUAAGGAUGAUCAACUCUAUCCUAAAGAUCUCCAGAAAAGAGCACUAAUUGAUCAACGUCUUCACUUUGAAGGAGAAAUUAUUUUUGCUCGUUUGAGAGCUGCUGUAAAGCCAAUGUUUUUCGGAGGAAAAAAAACUUUUGAUGAAGAUGCUGUAGCAUUGCUGAAGGAUAGUCUUGAGAUGUUGAAUAAGUUCUUGGAAGGCAAGAAAUGGCUGGUUGAUGGGAAUACUUACACCUUGGCUGACAUAAGUUGUGUCUGUUCUGUCAGCUGUAUGCCGGCUUUCUUUCCUCUCGACAAGUAUCCGAAUGUUGCUCGCUGGCUGAAAGCUUGUGAAAGUGAAAUUCCUGGGUAUGAUGAAGCUAAUAUGGUUGGAGUAAAAAAAUUCUUUGAAGCAGUGAAAAAUGCAUCACAAAAAUAACUUAGUAAAGAUUUUUUUGAUGAUAAAAAACAAUAUUUUUUAAAUGUAAAAUCGAAAUAUUAAUUUUUCAUAAGAAAUGUAUAAAAAA